UGCACUGCCUUGAUAUUGAGCGAAACUGUUUCGCGAGGAUUUUAACGGAUUACCCAGCUGUCUGUUCUGUGCAGUACGCCUAUUGGAUUUACUUGGGGACAUUCUGCUUUUGGAAUUUAGAAAUCAAAUCACUAUGACUUUCGAAGAGGUGUCUGGAUGCAACACUACUGACAGAAAGAUGGACACUGUAAGUCAAGCGCUGGAGGAACUGCUGGUGGCAGCUCAACGUCAAAACUGUCUUACAGUUGGUGUCUACGAAUCUGCAAAGUUAAUGAAUGUGGAUCCGGACAAUGUGGUGUUGUGCAUACUUGCCACAGACGAGGAAGACGAAAAUGAUGUUGCACUGCAGAUCCACUUUACGCUCAUCCAAGCCUUCUGUUGCGACUUCGACAUUAACAUCCUGCGCGUCUCUGGCAUGAAGCGUCUUGCGCAAAUCUUGGGAGAAACCCUCACAGACAGCAACGCCAAUGAAUCAAAGGACCUUCACUGUAUACUUGUCACUAAUCCCCAUGCUGACCACCUGAAACUCAACGAAGUGGGGCGCUACUGUAAGGAAAGCCGCUGCAACAACCAGUGGGUGCCCUCCCUGGCCCUGCGAGAGCGCUGAAAGACAGACUUUGCUCAAGAAGUUGUCAAGUUUCAGAAUGAUGUUGUCAUUCACUGAAUAUGAGGACAGUCACCAGUAACAGGAUUAUUCUCGAUCCUAUUGGAAGCCUCUCCGGACGCGGGUGGUCCGGUACUCCGAGGGCGCACGGCUGAUCAGCGAUGAUGGGACAUUUGCGUUCCUAGAAGUGCUGAGGGACUAUUCGCGUAACGCUAUGGAACUAGCAUCCGUGAUGCACCCAGAAGCAGGUGAAGGUCAAUGCUUCCUGGAGUAUACAUGACAGGACAGUUGGAAUAACGGGAAUGACCUAAUUGUGCAGCUAUGCACUUUACUCAAUGUGAGGAGUAGAAAAGUUAUGGCUGGAAAUGUAACUUUUUCAGUCAAAGGUCAAAAUGGAGGGGGGUAUGGUAUUUAAAAAAAAAACCCAUAGAAACUUUACUGUGCUGUUGAGUCAGCACUAGCAUAUUUAAUUGCAAUAAUGUGUGGUUUGUAACAUGAAAUUAUUUAUGCAUUUCCAUAAGUUGUUCUGCAAGAAAAUACUAAUAUAUUUGGUUAUUUAUUAUCUGAUGUCAAGUUUAUCUGAAAAUAAACCCUGUAA